GGUGUGCGUUUGUGAAGUACUCUUCACAUGCGGAGGCCCAAGCAGCCAUCAAUGCCUUGCAUGGCAGCCAGACAAUGCCGGGAGCCUCUUCAAGCCUGGUGGUGAAGUUUGCUGAUACAGACAAGGAGCGUACAAUGAGACGCAUGCAGCAAAUGGCAGGACAAAUGGGCAUGUUCAACCCCAUGGCCAUCCAGUUUGGAGCGUACGGCGCCUAUGCACAGGCACUGAUGCAGCAGCAAGCCGCGAUCAUGGCGUCCGUGGCACAGGGCGGCUACCUGAACCCCAUGGCAGCCUUCGCCGCCGCCCAAAUGCAACAGAUGGCGGCCCUGAACAUGAACGGCCUGGCAGCCGCUCCCAUGACACCAACCUCAGGUGGAAGCACGCCUCCUGGCAUAACUGCACCAGCUGUGCCUAGCAUCCCAUCUCCAAUUGGGGUGAAUGGUUUCACUGGCCUCCCGCCGCAGGCUAAUGGGCAGCCCGCUGCAGAAGCCGUGUUUGCUAAUGGCAUUCACCCUUACCCAGCCAAAAACCCCACAAAACCCCUAAGAAAAAAAAUCCUUUCGAUCUCAGCCAGUCCUGAAAACCUGGAAGAUUCAACAUCACAGGGGACUUUGUGA